GAUUUUAGUUUUAGAUGUAGUUACUAAAACCCUGAAUGUCACUUACCUGUCAACCAAAUUUGAAUUCUAAGGUUACCGGUGCUCAAAAAUCGCAUUUUGCAGUUGUUUUACCUAACUUUUGGACUCCGAAAUGAGGUUACUAGCCCAAGUGUUGAAAACUUCAACUGUCCCCAAACUGGUUCGCACCUUCUGCAAUGUAAUUCGCGACGAAAUAAAGGUUGAAACGUUCUCAGACAUCCACAUUAACGUUCCUUACACCGUCAAUAUCAAACCUUUGGACGUACACAAGUACCAAAAUUGCGACCGUCUACAAAUCGAACUGCAAGACCUCCCAAAUGCUCGCAAAACACUCAGACACUUGAAAGAUGGAAAUAAUAUAAAAAUAUUCGCCACGACUGAGUCGUACGAUGGGGAUACGGUCUGCAAUAUUUUCGCACCUGUUAAAGCAAACUUGCAUAUUGAAGCGCAAGGGAAUAUAAGUACUGGUGUUUUCGGCGGUUCGAAAUUAAUUUUAAAAUCAACAAAAGGAAGCAUUUUUGUUGAGAAAUAUCAAGGCGAGAAAAUCGAGUUGAGUACCCACAUUGGAGACAUUAUUUUAAAGGGGGCUGUGGUCGCGGCCCAAAUCAAAGCCACAAUAAGUGAAAAUGGAUCGAUUAAAACCAAGCGUUUACAAGGCUUAAACGCCCAGCUCCAAACCAAGCAAGGCAACAUCCAAGUCGACUGCGCCUAUUGUGACAAAAGCAACUUCCAAUCGGAUUAUGGCACUCUUGACUUGCAAAAUGUGCAUAAGAGUGCCCACAUUGUGCUCAAAGACGGAAAACUCAACUUGAGCGGCUUGGACGGUGACUUGGAGGCGGAGCUUCACAACAGCGAGGCCGAAAUCCAAAUUUCACGAAUUCUCAACAACUCGCAAAUUGUGAUGCGGGAAAAAGGCGACUUGAAACUGCUAUUAUCAGACGAAUGCCAAAACGGCACUUUUUUCGAAAUUGUUUCAAAAAGUCACAAUUUGGAUCCAAGUGUUCGCCUAAUACCUAGCAAGAACGAGGAUGCUUUGUACCUGACACCGGCUGUCGAUAAUUACAAGGAGGUCAAAGUGGAAUGUGGAGGAAAAGUGGAAGUACGGAGUGCUUCUUGGAUUAAUAUGUUGAAGCUCAGAGCGAAAAAAUAAAUUUAUUUGUUUCGUUUCA